GCUCCUCGCCCUCUCCCCAGGCGCCUGCGCACUGGGCGGCCGCUCCUUGCCGUUACCGCUAUGUGCGGAGCGUGUGCGGAAUAACGUUAUUGCCCAGCGGCGCCGAGGGGCCGAGAGCUUGACCGCGGCGGCGGCGGCGACGACGAAGGGGUGGGGGAGGACGCUUGCGAGAGACUCACGGGACGCGGCGCGCCCCGCCCCCCGGUCCGGUCCCUCUCAGCAGUGAGGGGAUGACGUAGCUUUGCCAAAGACUUAGAAGCUAAGCAGAAAAUGAGCUUAACAUCCUGGUUUUUGGUGAGCAGUGGAGGCACUCGCCACAGGCUGCCACGGGAAAUGAUUUUUGUUGGAAGAGAUGACUGUGAGCUCAUGUUGCAGUCUCGUAGUGUGGAUAAGCAACAUGCUGUAAUCAAUUACGAUGCCUCUACUGAUGAACAUUUGGUGAAAGAUUUGGGCAGCCUAAAUGGGACUUUUGUGAAUGAUGUAAGAAUUCCGGAACAGACUUAUAUCACCUUGAAACUUGAAGAUAAGCUGAGAUUUGGAUAUGAUACAAAUCUUUUCACUGUAGUACGAGGAGAAAUGAGGGUCCCUGAAGAAGCUCUAAAGCAUGAGAAGUUUACCAUUCAGCUUCAGUUAUCCCAAAAGUCUUCAGAAUCAGAAUUAUCAAAAUCUGCAUGUGCCAAAAGCAUAGACUCAAAAGUAGCAGAUACUGUAACAGAAGUGCAGCACAAAGCUACAGAAGCACUGAAAUCUGAGGAAAAAGCCAUAGAUACUUCUGCUAUGCCCCGUGGUACUCCAUUAUAUGGGCAGCCAUCAUGGUGGGGGGAUGAUGAGGUGGAUGAACAAAGAGCUUUCAAGUCAAAUGGCAAACCUGAAGAGAAAAGUCACGAAACUGGAACAUCAGGGUGCAGCAUAGAUGCCAAGCAAGUUGAGGAGCAGUCUGCAGCUGCAAAUGAAGAAGUACUUUUUCCUUUCUGUAGGGAACCAAGUUAUUUUGAGAUCCCUACAAAAGAAUUUCAGCAACCAUCACAAAUAACAGAGAGCACUAUUCAUGAAAUCCCAACAAAAGACACACCAAGUUCUCAUACAACAGGUGCAGGGCAUGCUUCAUUUACCAUUGAAUUUGAUGACAGUACCCCAGGGAAAGUAACUAUUAGAGAUCAUGUGACAAAAUUUACUUCUGAUCAGCGCCACAAGUCAAAGAAGUCUUCUCCUGGAACCCAAGACCUGCCGGGGAUUCAAACUGGAAUGAUGGCACCAGAAAACAAAGUAGCUGACUGGCUAGCACAGAACAACCCUCCUCAGAUGGUAUGGGAAAGAACAGAAGAGGAUUCCAAAAGUAUUAAAAGUGAUGUUCCAGUUUACUUGAAAAGGUUGAAAGGAAAUAAACAUGAUGAUGGUACACAAAGUGACUCAGAAAAUGCUGGGGCUCACAGACGCUGUAGCAAACGUGCAACUCUUGAGGAACACUUAAGGCGCCACCAUUCAGAACAGAAAAAGCUACAGAAGGCCCAGGCCACUGAAAAGCGUCAAGACCAAACUGUUACUAGCUCUGCGCACUACAGAGGGGGGCAUGGUGUUCCACAUGGGAAAUUGUUAAAACAGAAAUCAGAGGAGCCGUCGGUGUCAAUUCCCUUCCUACAAACUGCAUUAUUAAGAAGUUCAGGGAGUCUUGGGCACAGACCAAGCCAGGAGAUGGAUAAAAUGUUAAAAAAUCAAGCUACUUCUGCUGCCUCUGAAAAGGAUAAUGAUGACGACCAGAGUGACAAGGGCACUUACACCAUCGAGCUAGAGAACCCCAACAGCGAGGAGGCAGAAGCAAGGAAGCUGAUUGACAAGGUAUUUGGAGUAGAUGACAAUCAAGAUUAUAAUAGGCCUGUUAUCAAUGAAAAACAUAAAGAUUUGGUAAAAGAUUGGGCUCUCAGUUCUGCUGCAGUAGUAAUGGAAGAAAGAAAACCACUGAGCACACCUGGAUUUCACAACUCAGAGAUAUGUACUGCAGUAGUACAUGAUCCAUGGUUGACUGAGUCCAGCAGUCAGGAACCACAGAUACAGAGGGCCGACUGUGAAGUUACACAUGGGUUUUUGACUGCACAGAGGGAAGGCACGUCUUCAUCUGGAAACAAGCGUUGGGUUUCACAAUGGGCUAGUUUGGCUGCCAAUCAUACAAGGCAUGGUCAAGAAGAAAGGAUAAUGGAGUUGUCUGUACCUGUUGUUCCUUUAGAGAAUGAUGCAGAUAUCAGUGAAUCUGGUCUCUCAGUGAGAAGUACUGGCUCAACAACUUCCUUGGCUGGUCAGGGAGAGAGAAGGAGACGAACCCUUCCCCAGCUUCCAAAUGAAGAAAAGUCUCUUGAGAGCUCCAGAACAAAGGUUAUAGCACAAAGGUCAGAGAUAGGAGAAAAGCAAGACACGGAACUUCAGGAGAAAGAAGCACCUACACAGGUAUACCAGAAAGAUAAACAAGAUGCUGACAAAGCUCUGAAUAAAAUGAACAGGGCAAUAAAUGGUGAGAGUCUUAAAAGUGGUGGAGAUAACAAAACCCUGCUUCACUUAGGCAGCUCUUAUUCUGGAAAGGAGAAAAGUGAAACUGAUAAGGAAGCUUCUUUGGUAAAGCAAACAUUAGCUAAAAUCCAGCAACAAGAACAAAAAGAACAGGCACAGUGGACACCUACUAAAUUAUCUUCUUCAAAAAAUAUUUCAGGUCAGAUAGAUAGAUGUAGGGAGGAAUCUUUUAAACAGGAGUCACAAGCUCAAGAAAAAAUUCCAGGCCUUUCUACAAGCAAAGGAGAAAGAGUGAUACAAAAUGAGGGUAAGCGAAGAAAAGCUGAGGAAAUUCUGAAAAGUCAGACUUCAAAGGGAGGAGACAAGAAGGAAUCCUCCAAAUCAUUAGUGCGGCAAGGAAGCUUCACUAUAGAAAAACCUAGCCCCAACAUACCCAUAGAACUUAUUCCCCACAUAAAUAAACAGACUUCAUCUACACCCCCUUCUUUAGCAUUAACAACUGCUGGCAGAAUACGAGAAAGAAGUGAUUCUAUGGAUACUGACUCUAGUAUGGACACAACCCUUAUUCUAAAAGACACAGAAGCAGUAAUGGCUUUUCUAGAAGCUAAACUGCGUGAAGAUAAUAAAACUGAUGAAGGCCCAGAUACUCCCAGUUAUAACAGAGACAACUCCAUUUCACCUGAAUCUGAUGUGGACACAGCUAGUACAAUCAGUCUGGUUACUGGAGAGACUGAAAGAAAGUCAACCCAAAAGCGAAAGAGUUUCACUAGUCUCUAUAAAGAUAGGUGUUCCACAGGCUCUCCUUCCAAAGAUGUUACAAAGUCAUCGUCUUCAGGUGUUAGGGAGAAAAUUGAAAAGAAAACAAAAAGUCGUUCCACAGAUGUGGGUUCUAGAGCAGAGGGUCGUAAAUUUGUGCAGUCCAGUGGAAGAAUAAGGCAGCCUUCAGUAGAUUUAACAGAUGAUGACCAAACCUCUAGUGUACCUCAUUCGGCCAUCUCUGAUGUUAUGUCAUCUGAUCAGGAAACUUACUCUUGUAAAUCUCAUGGAAGGACUCCACUUACCUCAACUGAUGAGCAUGCACAUUCCAAACUGGAGGGAAGUAAGGUAACUAAAUCCAAGACUUCUCCUGGAGCACCUGGUUCAUCCAGUAAAUCAACCACUCUCCCAAGGCCUCGACCUACCAGGACUUCCCUCUUGCGCAGAGCCCGACUUGGUGAAGCUUCAGACAGUGAACUCGCUGAUGCUGACAAAGCAUCUGUUGCUUCAGAAGUGUCCACAACAAGUUCAACGUCAAAGCCUCCCACCGGAAGGCGUAACGUUUCUAGGAUUGAUUUGUUGGCUCAGCCUCGUAGAACAAGGCUUGGCUCGUUAUCGGCCCGCAGUGACUCUGAAGCAACAAUCUCUAGAGGCAGUGCCUCUUCACGGACCGCGGAAGCCAUCAUUAGAAGUGGAGCCAGAUUAGUCCCUUCAGAUAAAUUUUCUCCUAGAAUUAGAGCUAACAGUAUCUCUCGACUAUCCGACUCCAAGGUCAAAAGUAUGACCUCAACACAUGGCUCGCCUUCAGUAAAUUCAAGAUGGAGGCGCUUUCCUACUGAUUAUGCUUCCACCUCAGAAGAUGAAUUUGGAUCAAACCGUAAUUCCCCUAAACAUACCCGUCUACGUACUUCUCCAGCCCUGAAAACGACUCGAUUGCAGAGCUCUGGGUCAGCAAUGCCUACUAGUUCUUCGUUCAAACACCGGAUAAAAGAACAGGAAGACUACAUCCGAGAUUGGACUGCUCAUCGAGAAGAAAUAGCCAGGAUCAGCCAAGAUCUUGCUCUCAUUGCUCGGGAAAUCAACGAUGUAGCAGGAGAGAUAGAUUCAGUGACUUCAUCAGGCACUGCCCCUAGUACCACAGUAAGCACUGCUGCCACCACCCCUGGCUCUGCCAUAGACACUAGAGAAGAGGUAGGAGAUCUUCAUGGAGAAAUGCAUAAGUUAGUUGAUCGUGUUUUUGAUGAAAGCCUCAACUUCCGGAAGAUCCCUCCAUUAGUUCAUUCUAAAACACCAGAAGGAAACAACUGUCGGUCUAGUGAUCCAAGACCUCAACCAACAGAGCCUCCUGAUCACUUAACAAUUACAAGGCGGAGAACCUGGAGCAGGGAUGAAGUCAUGGGAGAUAAUUUGCUGCUGUCAUCUGUCUUUCAGUUCUCUAGGAAGAUAAGACAGUCUAUAGAUAAAACAGCUGGAAAGAUCAGAAUAUUAUUUAAAGACAAAGAUCGAAAUUGGGAUGAAAUAGAAAGCAAGUUAAGAGCUGAAAGUGAAGUCCCGAUUGUGAAAACCUCAAGCAUGGAGAUUUCAUCUAUCUUACAGGAGCUAAAAAGAGUUGAAAAGCAGCUUCAAGCGAUCAAUGCUAUGAUUGACCCGGAUGGAACUUUGGAGGCUCUGAACAACAUGGGAUUUCCCAGUGCUAUCUUGCCAUCUCCACCAAAACAGAAGUCCAGUCCUGUGAAUAACCACAGCAGCCCUGGUCAGACACCGACACUUUGCCAACCAGAAGCUAGGGUUCUUCAUCCUGCUGCUGUUUCAGUCUCAGCUGAAUUUGAGAAUGCCGAAUCUGAGGCUGAUUUCAGUAUACAUUUCAAUAGGUUCAACCCUGAUGGGGAAGAGGAAGAUGUUACACCAUGCUGUGACCUACAAGCAAACUAAAUACCCAACAUUACUGACCCCCAUGUCUCCUGUGCCAAGCUGCUCCCUGAAAUGGACUUCCUCUUCUGUACAGAUUUGUUAAACACUUAUAUUUGCUUCUUAAUAAUAGGAUUUAUAUUAGUAUUCAUUACCAUUGGAUACAAUGAUAUAUUAUUCUCCACAGUCAAACUGACCUUUCAAAACAGUCCUCCUUGUGUUCUAAAAUUUUCCAACAUACAUGUGAUUUAUAGAACUUUGUUGCUGCGUAAAUUGUCUUGGGGUUUAUGGAGAUGAACUAUUAUGUUUGCACUAAGAUUUGUUGGGAGUGGUUGGUGGGCGUAUCUAUAUAUCAGUAAGGACUAACCAUCUUUUUUUUUGUAUAUAGAAUAUUGGUAACUGUAUUUGUUUUAACCCCACAGUGUUUUACUCCACUUUCAAAAAGGUCAAUUUGGCACUUUUUCCCAUUUUUUUUUUAAUGCAAGUAAGAUUUUGUCUCAUUUUAGGGCAAAUGAUAACUAGAAAGAUUAAGCUAGACAGUUUAGGUGGAGUAUAUUUUUAAAACUAAGAACAUGUAUAUUGGUCCUGUGUUACCAAGUUUAUAUGUGACAGUUGAAAAAAAUUUUCCCUUGAAAUGAUCAUGAAGUUUAAAUUUUUGGCGUUAGGAAACUUGGAGAACCAGUAGUCAUAAGAUUAGUGGAUAGUUUCACUCGCAAGCAAUGAAUUGCUUCUUUGUAUUUCCCUGUAGGACCCAAUAGUAAAUCCUGUCUCAGUCGUAUACAUUUAUAAGGACCCUGCAAGACAACAACCAAGGCUUUGGGCCUAUGCUAAACAGGAAGCUUAUGAAAAGUGUCUUCCAUAAACUUGUUUUUUCUCUUUCCAGCAAGUUCACCUUUGGAUAAGUUUAAAAAGAAAGCAAUUAUCUUUAUGUUUCCAGAACACUAUAAUUUGGGUGAAUCUUAAUUCAGUUUAAUAUUAUUAGUAGACCUGGAUUUUUGAAACCCUUGACCCUAUCAGUCUAUAAAGGUUAGAACUGCAACUUUUGCAACUUUUAUGAAAUAGUCUUUAAUAUUUCAGCAAUAAUCCUGUGCUACAUUUGUUUUAAGAAAGUAACUCUGUUCAAAACUUUACAGGGUUUUUUAAAAUCCUGUACUGUUGGGCCAGUUAAUAAAGAUGCAAAAAAACUGUUUUGUAGAGAUGUAAAAACAAAAGUCUGUUGUAUAACGAAUGUCGUAUUUUUCUUUAAAUUAAAAAAAAAAAAUGAACUGUUCUCCUUGUAAAGCUAAAUUCCCCAUUCUGUCUAAUAAAGGAAGACUGAAAAAAAAUGGUUUUAAAGAGCAUGAAUGGAAAGUUACAGUUGCUUUGAAGAAAUAGAUGAAACAUUAAUACAGGGUCAAUCCAUUUGAAGAAAAAGUAGAACAAAAUAAUCACCAUUGUUUCCUCUUUGGUUAAUGUUUGGGUACUGAUUAUAUCAACAUGGAAGUAGAAGGUAAGGAUUUAUUUAGGAAAAUAUUAGCGUCUAUUCUACUUACGUUAUCCUUUAAGUGUUUACACAGUUUUGUUCAAUUACAAACAUUUGGCCUUUUACUAUGUUAUUUUUAUUUUGUAUGAAUACAUUAUUCUCCUUAUUUAUUUUUGUUACCUUUAUUAUGUUAUUUUGUUAUGCAUUUACAACUCCAUUUUUAAAUAAAG